GUUAAAGAAAGAAUGCCGCAUUUAAGGAUAAUACUUAUUUUUGAAACUAUAAUUUUGUUGAGACAUCUUUGCAUUGCGAUUUUGUGUCCAGUGCCAGUGGAAAAUGUUGUAUUAUCAUCAACAUGCAGUAGAAAGAUCGGGGACUCGUGUUCCUUCUCCUGUACCCAAGGUCUCCUCUCUACCACAUUGGACAACAUAGUGUGUACCUCUGACGGAACGUGGGAUUUGAACCAAACCACUUUGUGUUUACAUAAACUUGGACCCUUUUUAUCAAAAGAAAAAGCGGCAUUGUACCUCCAAGUACGAUCAAAACGUGUCAAACGAGACAUCAGUCACGAAUGCGCCGAAGCAAAGGGUUGUUCUAACGAAGAGAUUAGGGAAAUCGGCGUCACAGACGUGUGUGCUUGGAUGAAAAACAGAUUGUGCAGCCAGCUUAACUGUCAACCUGGAUUUAUAUGUGUCACAACAGUCAAAGACUGUGCUAACUUGAACUAUUACAGAGUAGCAUGUCAGGCAAUUGUAUGUCCGAAGUCAGUUGGCAAUGCUGUAAUAUCUCCAAACUGCAGUAGAAUGAUUGGAACAUCAUGCACCUAUUCCUGUACACAUGGUUACCUCCCCACAACAUCGGACGGCGUAGUUUGCACCUCAGAAGGAUCAUGGGAAAUGGAUAUGAUGGAUAAUGAUACGCUGUGUACACUGAUACAAUGUCCUUUGGACGUGAUAAACGGUAAUAUAUCGUCUUCCUGCCGAGGUUUGUUUGGGGAGAAAUGUUACUUGAUUUGUGACAACUCGGUAAACACUGUAAAUAUCGUUUGUCUGUCUUCCGGUUCUUGGGAUAAGGAUAUUACAGCCAUUUGUAGUUUCAAAAACGAAUCUGAAAUCUCUUCUCUAGAGGCCAGCAGACCGAAUAUGACGUUUCUGUAUGCCGGGAUCUCAGUAGCAGGAACACUCUUUGUAGUUAUCAUCAUUGUGGGAGUCACCUGCCUGAUUAAAAGACGAUACGACACAACUAGAUAUAUUAAUCAAGGCAUGCCUUCAAACACAGUAGAACUUAUUGAGAUGUCGUGAUUAAAACAAUAAAGAUAUCCUCUGCUGAUUUAGAAGUAUUGAAAAGUUGCAUUUUAAUGUGGCUCAGAUAAAUUGUGAUUUUUUUUUUACAUGUAUUUAUUCACAGAAAUAUAACUUAAUUUGUCAACUACCUAUCGGAAAAUAUGUAGCAUCAUAAACUUUGUUGAUUUUUCUUAUCUUUAAAAAAAAUAUUGUUAGAUGUGAUAUAUUCCCAACAAUUUGUAUUCAAUGGAUCGUUGUUUUGUUUAAUCAAGUAAACUAAUCCCAGCUGCCAAAACCUAGUGCUUUUUGUACAUGUUAUUUAGCUACAGCUGAACAUCAGCAAUUGUUGUGUAGGUUCACAUAUACAUGUACCUUUAUUAUCAUAUGAGAAAAAACCUUAAAUCAUGUAAAGAUGAAAAGUGUUGAAAAGUUUUGAACAUAGCUAAGGCACUGUUUGUAAUGAAUUUUAUUAUGUUAGCUAUAAAAUGAAAAUGAAGGUUGGUAAUUAUAGUACCUGUUUUGUUAAAGGGCUCAAAUAUCUUAUAUUUAACAUGUGUAAGACAUAUGUGACCUCAAAAUUUAAUAAUAUGUAAUAUUUGAAUUGUUUUUCUCUUUAAAUAAAAUAUAUAUGUACUUUAUAUCAACGAGAAAGUAUGAAAUGCGUAUUGGGAAACACAUAUAAAUCAUAGCUUAAUCUACAAAACAGUUCUGUGUUGAUUUCCCUCUGCCAGUUAUAUGAACCAAACUGUAAUUUACAACUUCUUGUCAUCUUGGUGACAUCCAUUGAGGUUAUAUCAAAGUAGUUAUAUCUAGCAUGUAUUGCAAACAGAUUAAUACACAGCAUACAGCAUCCUUACGUGAUUUUACCGGGCCUCGAAUCAAUGACAUUUCCAAUUACAUGCUUAUCAUCUAUGAUCAAUGAACCCCACUUGGGUUAACAGUUUUGUAAAUGAAAAUUAUAAGGUAAUGAUUUCCAUUUACAGAUG